AUGUUUACUUCACAGGCGUUGCCCACAACUACAGCAGGACCCACGGCCAUUUGCACACCAGACCUGACACUCGUUUCUAUUCCUCAGGCGUCGCCCGUCACUACAGCAGGACCUACAGCCACAUGCACACCGAACCUGACGCUCAUGUGUACUCCUCAGGCAUCGUCUGCCACUACAUCAGGACCCACGGCCACUUGCACACCAGACCUGACGCUCUCGUCUUCACAUCAGGCGUCACCAGCCACUACAGCAGGACCCACGGCCAUUUGCACAUCAGACCCGACGCUCAUGUCUACUCCUCAGGCGUCGCCCGCCACUACAGCAGGAUCCACAUCCUCUUGCACACGCGACCUGUCGCUCAUGUCUACUCCUCAGUCGUCGCCCGCCACUACAGCAGGACCCACAGCCACUUGCAAACCAGACCCGACGCUCAUGUCUACUCCUCAGGCACGCCCGCCACUACAGCUGGCCACUUGCACACCAGACCUGACGCUCGUAGUUACUUUUCAGGCGUCGCUCGCCACUAGAAGGACCCACGGCCACUUUCACAUCAGACCCGACUCCCAUUUCUACUCUUCAGGCGUCGCCCGCCACUACCAGGACCCACGGCUCCUUGCACAUCAGACCCGACGCUCAUAUCUACACCUCAGGCGUCGUCCGCCACAACAAAUGGACCCACAACCUUUUGCACACCUGACCCGGCGCUCAUGUCUACUCCUCGGGCCUCGCCCGCCACUACAGCAGGACCCACGGCCACUUGCAUACCAGACUUGA